CAGAAGGUGAGGUGACUUUCCUGAGGUCACAGCUGUGAGAGGGAAAGCUUGGCCUGGUCUGUCUGACCUCAAAGCCCGUGCCCUUUCUCCAUCUACCUCCCCUCCUGUACAGAUGGGGAAACUGAGGCAGAUGAGCCUGGGACCCCCUCAUCCUCAUCUGCCUCCCUGGGACCCUAGAGCCUACUCUGCACAGUGUCCCACUCAGCCCUCAGUAGCAGCCAGGGGCCUGGGGUGGCUCUGACCAUAUCCCGAGCGGGGAGCAGCCUGGUUUCUUGCCCCAUAGCCCAACAUCACACGUCCUGCCUAUCAUAAUUAGCAAUGUUCCCUGGCUAGAAGCAGCAAAUGUCAUUAUGCAGACUGGCGGGCAGCUGAAAUCCGAUUAGAGGGGCCACAAGCUGUGGCAGGUGCUCUGAGCUGGGAGUGCGAGUGACAGAGGAGCUGCCCAGUACCCCCCAGUCCCGUCAUGUUUCUCAGCCCCAGCCCAGGCUGCAGGCAAUGUGGAAAGGGUCUGAGCGUAGCCAUGACUCCGAUGGGGCUUAUGGGAGCCUGGAGGAAACCUGGACUCGGUGUACCUGCUGGGCUGCAGGCAAUGGUGUAACCCAAGACCCACAGCUAGGAGCUCCAGCCGGGCCUUGGCCCAUUGCCAGCUCUGCCUUACCCCAACGAUGUGACCCUGGGCAAGUGGCCUCUCUGAGCCUCAGUUCGGCCAUAUGCAGCCUGGGGCUAAGAUUACCCAUCCUGGGUGGUUUCAUGAGGCUCCCAGGCCUAGGCACCUGGAAAGUGCUCAGUAACCAUUUGCUGCUACUGUGUCCGUCCUCCUCCUCAUACCUGCAUCUCCUCCCUCCAGACCUCCUGCCCCCCGAGGUCUGCAGUCUCCUGAACCCAGCGGCCAUCUACGCCAACAACGAGAUCAGCCUGCGUGAUGUUGAAGUCUACGGCUUCGACUACGACUACACACUGGCCCAGUAUGCAGACGCGCUGCACCCUGAGAUCUUCAGUGCUGCCCGUGACAUCCUGAUUGAGCACUACAAGUACCCAGAGGGGAUCCGGAAGUAUGACUAUGACCCCAGCUUUGCCAUCCGAGGCCUCCACUACGACAUUCAGAAGAGCCUUCUGAUGAAGAUCGACGCCUUCCAUUACGUGCAGCUGGGGACGGCCUACAGGGGCCUCCAGCCUGUGCCUGAUGAGGAGGUGAUCGAUUUAUAUGGGGGCACCCAGCACAUCCCACUGUACCAGAUGAGCGGCUUCUACGGCAAGGGUCCCUCCAUCAAGCAGUUCAUGGACAUCUUCUCGCUGCCGGAGAUGGCCCUGCUGUCCUGUGUGGUAGACCACUUCCUGGGGCACAGCCUGGAGUUUGACCAGGCGCACCUCUACAAGGACGUGACGGAUGCCAUUCGAGACGUGCACGUGAAGGGCCUCAUGUACCAGUGGAUCGAGCGGGAUAUGGAGAAGUACAUCCUGAGAGGGGACGAGACGUUCGCUGUCCUGAGCCGCCUGGUGGCGCAUGGGAAGCAGCUGUUCCUCAUCACCAACAGCCCUUUCAGCUUCGUGGACAAGGGGAUGCGGCACAUGGUGGGUCCCGACUGGCGUCACCUCUUCGACGUGGUCAUCGUCCAGGCAGACAAACCCAGCUUCUUCACUGACCGGCGCAAGCCUUUCAGAAAACUCGAUGAAAAGGGCUCCCUGCACUGGGACCGCAUCACCCGCCUGGAGAAGGGCAAAAUCUAUCGGCAGGGAAACCUGUAUGACUUCCUGCGCCUGACAGAAUGGCGUGGACCCCGCGUGCUCUACUUCGGGGACCACCUGUACAGUGACCUGGCGGACCUCAUGCUGCGGCACGGCUGGCGAACGGGGGCCAUCAUCCCCGAGCUAGAGCGCGAGAUCCGCAUCAUCAACACGGAGCAGUACAUGCACUCGCUGACGUGGCAGCAGGCGCUCACGGGGCUGCUGGAGCGCAUGCAGACGUACCAGGACGCCGAAUCGCAGCAGGUGUUGGCGGCCUGGAUGAAGGAGCGGCAGGAGCUGAGGUGCGUCACCAAGGCCCUGUUCAACGCCCAGUUUGGAAGCAUCUUCCGCACCUUCCACAACCCCACCUACUUCUCCCGGCGCCUCGUGCGCUUCUCUGACCUCUACAUGGCCUCCCUCAGCUGUCUGCUCAACUACCGUGUCGACUUCACCUUCUACCCGCGCCGCACGCCCCUGCAGCAUGAGGCGCCGCUCUGGAUGGAUCAGCUCUGCACCGGCUGCAUGAAGACGCCCUUUCUUGGCGACAUGGCCCACAUCCGCUGAGGGCACCUUUAUUGUCCAGAGCAGGUUCUAACCCCUCCUGCCCCGCCCACGCUGGGUGUCGGUCCAGGACGGGCAAUAAAAGUGGUCUCCCUCUCCCUGUGCCUCUGUCCGGCCCUAGCCGCAUCACUUGACCGCGAGGAUCCUCUGGG